CGCGGGGCAGGGCUUGAGGGACCGCCCUUAUAGGAGCCGGAGCUGGAGUCGGAGCCGAAGCAAAACCGGAGCUGGAGCCGGAGCCGGAGCCGGAGCCGGAGCCGGAGCCGGAGCCGGAGCCCGAGCCGGAGCCGGCUUCCCUCUCUAGCUGCCCUGCCGCCUUUCCCAGCUUCGGCCUCCGGACCUUUUCCAACCACGCCCACGCAGAUUGGGAGGGGGUUCAGUGUGGUGUGUGGAGACGCGCCUGCGUAGACAGACUCCCUUCUGUAGGGCCCAGGUGAGCCGCACCUGCGCAGAGGUGCCAGAUCGGUUCCGCAGAAAUGCAGUCGUUACUGUCCCUGUGCGCUGUGCAGGUGGCCCGGCACCAGUCCCUGGCAUGCCGUGCUCUAACCUCCUUGCCUCGGGAGCUGUAUCCGGCCUUAUUCCGGGCCGCCUUCAUGGAAGGCCGAACGCUGGUGCUGCAGGCGCUGGUGCAGACGUGGCCUUUCCCGCGGCUCAGCUUCCGGCAGCUGCUGCCCGAACCCAAGCAGAUGGGCUUGCCCAAGUGGCCCCGCAAGGAGAGCGUACAAGCCGUGAUCCUGGCGCUGCUGGCGGCGCCGCGCAGGAAGCCUCAGCUUCGAGUGUUGGACAUGACUGGUUUCCUGGAUGCUAGCUGUGGGCAGGACCCCACAACCAUGAGCAUGUGGGCUCGAUCAGUGGCAGUGGCAAGGACCUGCCUCAGUGCUCAGACUCAGGCCAGAGCAGCUCAACGCUUGGCCAAGCGCCGCAAGCUGGAGCCUCAGGCCUCUGUCGCUAAUCCUGUGGAAGUGCACACUGACCUGCUGGUGAACCGAACUUCUUACAGUGUCCUGAAGGAAGCUCUCCAGACCAGCACUUGUGGCCCCCUUCGCCUGCGCUGCAGGGACCUUUGGGCUGAGGAACUCUCAGGUCCUAGCACUGUAGCUCUCUUGGAGCUGCUGGACCCAGUGUGCCUGCGCCAGGUAGAUCUUCGCUUCAACAACCUGGGACUUUCAGGCCUGUGUACCGUUGUGCCCCACAUGGCCAAGUUCACUCACCUGUUGAGUCUGAAGCUACAAUACAGCAAUGUGGAUGUGCGGAGGCUCACGGCUGAGGCAGAGGGCAGCUUCCAACACUUUGUUUCUGCAAUUGGUCAGCUAAAAUGCCUCAAGGAACUCAACAUGGGUUCCUCUCGCCUCUCAGGCCGCCUUCAUCAGCUCCUCAGCAGCCUACAGAGCCCUCUGGAAAGCCUGGAACUUCCCUUCUGUGCCCUUCUCCCUGGGGACUUGAGUUACCUGGCCCAGAGCUCCCAUGCUACCCACCUCAAGAAGCUGGACCUCAGUGGCAACAAACUGUCUGGUGACCACCUGGCCCCCUUUCAGACAUUACUGAAGGAAGCUUCAGGCUCCCUGCUAUGCCUGGAUAUUACAGAGUGCCAGCUAAUGGAUGUCCACCUUAUGAGCACCUUGCCCACCCUACGCUGCUGUACCCAUCUUCGAUAUCUUGGUUUCUAUGGUAACCCUGUUGCUAGUGCUGGGGUGAAGACCUUUCUUGAAAAUUCAAGGUCGUUGCCUGAGCUCCGGCUGAUUGUUCACCCAGUCCCCGUGGAUUGCUACAAGGACCUGCCAUGGCCACCGUCUUCAGCAAGUCUCCUAGAGGGUGCUGUGGAUGAAAAGAAGCUUGCGAGUGUGCAGGCUGAGCUGCAGAAAUUGCUACAGGCCAUGCAGCGUCAUGAUGUGCAAUGGACCAUGGACAUCUAUGGCAACAACAGUCUUGACUACUUCAGCCUGUAGUGUAUGUAUAUUUUUAUGGGGGGAGUGCAGGAAAAGGCAGUAUUCCUCUGCUUGGUCUAGAUGUAGGAUCAUCCCAAGGCAGUGAGUGCCUCCUGCUCUGAGCUUUGGCAGAACCAGAAUGGGCAUUAAUUACUCAGUAUAUUGCUCCUAGAUGGAUUGUGUAAGAGUAUUUGUAAUUGUGUAAUAGAUAUUUUAUGCCGUCCAUAAUAGUAGAAUUGUUCUAGGGCUUCGAGUUCUGGCUUUGGGGGGUUGGGGGGGAGGGGGUUCUGCUUUCCUGGGGGUAUCUGUCUGUAACUCCAUGACCCAUUGCACAAACUCUGAACUUGUGGUCACUCUCCUUGUAUUCUUCCCCACCUCCUACUCCAUCAGUGUUCCACCUGUUAUGGUCACAGACGCUCACAGACUACAACACCAAGAAUAAAGGCAAUACCAAUG